GCCUGUUCUAUUUGUCCAAAAGUAAGUCUUUUGGAUCAAGUAUCAGCAAUGUUCAGACCAUUAUAUAGAAUAGCAUCUUCUGUUCACCUGAAGGCCCUGAGAAUGUGUAGCACAUCAGCAUUAAGUAGACGUCUAGAUGGUAAAGUUGCUGUUGUUACUGCAUCUACUGAAGGGAUUGGUCUUUCCAUUGCACAGCAGCUGGGGAGAGAUGGUGCAAAGAUUGUUGUUAGUAGUCGCAAGCAAGACAAUGUUAUAAAAGCAACUGCUGCCUUAGAGAAGGAGGGAAUUGAUGUACUUGGUAUCAUGUGUCAUGUUGGGAAAUCUGAACACAGAAAGAAUCUUGUUCAAAGGACACUGAGCCAUUUUGGAGGAAUAGAUAUUUUAGUCUCCAAUGCAGCAGCAAAUCCUGUGUUUGGUUCUAUUUUACAGACUUCUGAAGAGGCAUGGGAUAAGAUUUUUGAAGUUAAUGUCAAAUCUUCCUUUCUUCUUGCCAAAGAGAUGGUGCCGCACAUGGAAAAAAGAGGAGGGGGAUCCAUCGUAUUUAUUUCAUCAAUAGGAGGAUACCACCCUCUACAGGGUCUUGGUGCAUAUUGUGUGAGUAAGACAGCAUUAUUUGGCCUGACUAAAGUCCUUGCUACAGAAUGUGCUGAUUUUGGGGUCAGAGUCAAUUGUGUUGCUCCAGGCAUCAUUAAGACAAGGUUUAGUGCAGCACUCUGGAAAAAUGAGGCAAUGCACGAAGAAGUAGCCAAGCAAAUCCCUCUAAAAAGGUUGGGAAAGUCAGAGGAAGUAGGAGGAACAGUCUCUUUCCUGUGCUCUGAUCAAGCAUCUUAUUUAACGGGAGAAACCAUCGUGAUAGGUGGUGGUAUGACAAGCAGGCUGUAGCACAAGCAAAAAAAGACUUGUUGCUCAAGGCCCUGUUACCCUGUGCAAUUUUACCAGCAACCUGUAUUGUUGUGACACAAUAUUUAAUGGAAACGCAAUUGUGACAAGUUGCAGGGGUUUAUAGUAGUAACAGUAGUUUUAUAGUAGUAACAAUGAAUUCCUAAUUAAGAUCCUGAAUUCACUUGGGUGACCAUUAAACAAUAGCUCCAAGUUGAGGUUGGACCUGAAGCUAGUGCUCAAUACAUUCACUGUGUAACCAUGGUCACGCAAGUGAAUUACAUAUCUUUUUAGAGUAUACCUAUUAAAAAAACCAGAAUAAAUUCUAGAAUAGAAUAAUUCCACCAUCAAGCUGCACUCCUGAUGCAUAUUUACCAAUGUCACACAACAAAAAUACUAAAAAGCACUACAAUUUUUUAAGGGAGCUUAUUAAUUAGUAUAUUUAUGUGUACACUUUAUUAAUAGAUUAGAAGAUAAGGAGCAGGCGUAGCUCCGUUAGUGCGUGACCUUCAGAGCUUGAGGUCCAAAGUUCGAUUCUUAGGAUCUCAACGUCUGUUUCGACUUCUGUCUAAUCCGUGUAGCUUCAGAUUAAAUACUCUUAAAACAGAGCACUGAUGGAGAGAGGGGUAAAGUGUGCACCGUUGACUUCCAUUGAUAGCAGUUGAAAUUCAACUGAACGAACUACUGUCGUUAAAUAUUACUUUACCUUUACCUUUUUAGAAUACAUUCAUUUUCAAACCCUAGAAGCGUGCUACCUAACUAUUACUAAAAAGUGCUAUAAAUUAUGCUAAUUCUAUUGUUUAAUUAGUGCUAAGAAAUGCAAAGUGUUGCGGGCUUGCAGUGUUUGUCCUCUAUUCAUAAACAUUAGUACAUUAGUAAGAAAGCAAAGUUUUAGAUUAUAUAAUGUUGACUAUAGGAGAAAUGGCAUUAAAUAUAAAUUUUAAUAUUUUGAAUAUUUU